CUUGAUACUUUUCUACCUCCAUGCAACCAGCAUGAGUCCAGAAUUUAAGAACAAACUGCCAGAGAACAUGAACAUUUACGUAUGUCUAUCUCCCACCUCCAAGCUAUUGUCUACAACUAUUUAAGUCCUAAAUUCAUAGUAAAUGCCCAGUAAAUUCUUAGCUGAAUAUGGCACCAUCAAAAUGGGCCUCUCUUUCUCUCUUCGUUUUGAUACUCACCUCAUCCCUUUUUUUCUGUGCUGCUGGAAGACUGUUAGUAGAGGACAAGAGAGCUGACAAGUCAAAUAAUAAAGAUACCUCUCACAAGGAGCUAUCAGAAAUAGAAAAUGGAUUCAGGGAAGGCUUUGGCAAUGGGAAUGGAGCAGCCGGAGGCGGAGGAGGGGGAUUGCUCAUCUUUAACCUCCCCAUCCUUGGUUUUGGUAUCCCUCGAUUAUCAGGCUUCCCCAUCACCAUUUCUGCUUAUGGUGGUGCUUUUGGUGGUGAAGGCAGUGGAAGCGGUCAAGGUUGGGGGACUGGCGGUUUUGGUGGUGAAGGCGGUGGAAGUGGUCAAGGUUGGGGUAGUGGUGGUUUUGGAGGUGGAGGCGGUGGAGGUGGUCAAAUUUGGUGGCCUUGGGGCAGUGGUGGAUUAGGAGGAAGUGGUCAGGGUUGGGGCAGUGGUGGUUUUGGUGGUGAAGGCAGUGGAAGCGGUCAAGGUUGGGGGAGUGGUGGUUUUGGUGGUGAAGGCGGUGGAAGUGGUCAAGGUUGGGGUAGUGGUGGUUAUGGAGGUGGAGGCAGUGGAGGCGGUCAAGGUUGGGGUAGUGGUGGAUCAGGAGGAAGUGGAAGUGGUCGGGGUUGGGGUAGUGGUGGUUCUGGUGGUGAAGGCAGUGGAAGCGGUCAAGGGUGGGGUAGUGGUGGUUCCGGUGGAGGCAGUGGAAGCGGUGAAGGUUGGGGUAGUGGUGGCUAUGGAGGUAGAUCAGGCGGUGGAGGUGGUGGUGAAGGUUGGGGGAGUGGUUCAGGUGGUGGAGGUGGUGGUGAAGGUUGGGGGAGAGGUUCAGGUGGAGGCAGUGAAGGUGGUGGUGAAGGUUGGAGUGGUGGAGGUUAUGGAGGUGGUCGAGGAGAGGGAAGCGGAGGUUAUGAAAGUGGUUCUGGAGGAGGCAGUGGUUGGGGGGUUGAUGACGGAGAGCAUUACCCACAAGCUGGGAAUGGUUUAACUGAGCCUCCCUAUUUUGACAAUUUGUUUGCUUCUGCUACUGGAGGGCAACUCUUGGACUCCCAAGACUCAGACAGAAAGAAGAAGAAUGAGCAUGAUCAUGACAUCCCUGGAACAGAAUCGGAGGGAGGACCCAAAAACAAAGAAAGGACUGAGCACUUUCAGCAUGGUAUCUUAAGUGAGCACGAUGAUAGCCAUAAAAUAGAAUCAGAGGGACCGUUAAGAGGAGAAAGAAAAAGCAAGCAUUAUUAUCACGGAAGCACAAGCAAGGAAGAUGAUAGCAGUGAGACACAGACAAGACCUAAAAGAGUAGAAGGGGGCCAGCUUCAUGAUCAUCCAAAUGAUAAUGACCAACAAAAUAUAAGAGGGAAGCUAAAUGAUGAGUUAUAUGGUGACUGGGAGCACAAUAGAGAAAUGACAACUCUGGCUCCAGCAUCAGUGUAAAGAUCGCAACUCCAGGUUACUUGCAGGAUUCA